AAAAAUGAUUUUAAAAUAGUUUUUAAAAAGAUCAUAAUUAAAAAUGGUUAAUAUUUUCGUUUGAUAUUUCUAAGCGUCUCAGAUGCCGCUGAAAGUCAAGGUUGUUGACUAGCGAAGGUUUGACAUGUUUGUUAAAUGAGUAAUGAGACAUUCUAGCACAUAGCAAUGGCUUUUUCGUUUCGUAAAGUGAAUGGUCUGGUUCGGAAGUUGGCCUAUGCUGGGCUGGCAGUUGGAGGCGGCACGGCAGUAUGGAGCUAUAUCAACUCACAGAACCAGGACAUGACUGUACACGCGGCUGAUGAAGCCCAAGAUAAAUACGCCUGGGCCCCUCUACCUACUAGGGAGCAACAGCUGAAGUCCUUGGCAACGGAGGAGUUUGACAUACUUGUGAUAGGGGGUGGAGCCACUGGAGCUGGUGUGGCUCUUGACUCUGUCAGCAGAGGUAUGAAAACUGCCAUGGUGGAGAUGUAUGAUUUCGGAUCCGGCACAUCAAGCAGAAGUACGAAACUCAUCCAUGGCGGAGUGAGAUACUUGCAGAAGGCAGUGUUUAACCUUGAUUAUGAGCAGUACCGAAUGGUGAAGGAGGCAUUAGAAGAGAGGGCCAACUUGAUAGAGAUAGCCCCCCACCUUGCCUAUCCAUUCCCAAUCAUGCUGCCUGUGUAUAAAUACUGGCAGGUUCCGUAUUACUGGGCAGGGAUCAAGAUGUACGACCUUGUUGCUGGGAAACAGCGACUAAAACCCAGCUACUUCCUGUCCAAGAAGAAGGCAUUGGAACUAUUCCCAAUGCUGAAGAGAGACCAACUGGUUGGUGCCUUGGUGUACUAUGACGGUCAGCAUGAUGACGCGCGUAUGAACAUUUCCAUAGCCAUAUCCACUGCCAGAUUUGGGGGCACCAUAGCUAACUACACACAGGUGGUGGCCCUUCACCGAAGCAAGGACCAGCAGGGAAAUGUUGUGGUCACCGGUGCAAGGGUCAAGGACAGACUCACAGGGAAAGAGUUUGAUGUGAAGGCCAAGUGUGUCGUCAACGCCACUGGUCCCUACACUGACUCUAUACGCACGAUGGGUAAACCCGAGACCAAGAAGAUCUGCCAGCCCAGUUCUGGGACACAUGUGGUUUUACCAGAUUACUACAGCCCAACAAACAUGGGUCUACUGGACCCGGCCACCAGCGAUGGUCGUGUCAUCUUCUUCCUGCCAUGGCAGAACGUCACCAUUGCAGGGACUACAGACACUGCAUGCGAGAUCACAUUUGCGCCAGCCCCAUCUGAAAAGGAGAUCCAGUUCAUUCUGAGUGAGGUGCGAAACUACCUACAUCCCGAUGUGGAAGUUCGCCGCGGUGAUGUACUGUCAGCCUGGUGUGGCAUCCGUCCUCUGGUUUCCGAUCCCAACAAGUCUGACACCCAGUCCAUAGCCAGGAAUCACAUCAUCGAGGUCUCACAGGACAAACUGAUUACUAUAGCAGGUGGUAAAUGGACCACCUACCGCCACAUGGCGGAGGAGACAGUUGACCGGGCAGUGAAGGAGUGCGGGCUCAAGCCUGCGUCAGGCUGCCGGACCAAGGGUCUACUCCUGGACGGGGCCCACGGCUGGUCUCCCACCAUGUUCAUCAGGCUCGUGCAGGACUUUGGGCUCGAGAAGGAGGUUGCGCAACAUCUAGCCAGCACAUAUGGUGACAAGGCAUUCAAAGUGGCCAAGAUGGCCAAACUGACGGGUAAACGGUGGCCGGUAGUGGGAAAGCGUCUCCAUGAAGAGUAUCCAUACUUGGAGGCAGAGGUAAUAUAUGCAAUUCGUGAGUAUGCGUGCACCGCCAUUGAUGUUAUCGCCCGUCGCACCCGCCUGGCAUUCUGUAACGUGCAUGCUGCUGAGGAGGCCCUGCCCAGGAUCGUUGAAAUCAUGGCGGAGGAAUUCAAGUGGAACAAACAGAAACAGGAGGAAGAGAUGCAGCGAGCCAAGAACUUCCUCCGCAAAGAGAUGGGCCUGGACCUAGGCCGCAUGAAACUGGAUGAGCCAGUGAACCUGACCAAAACCGAGAUCAACGACUACAUACAGAGGUUCAGGUCCCUUGACAAGGAGAACAAGGGAUACAUCACAGUCAAUGAUCUGAGGAGAUACUUCAAGAAUAUCGGAGAGCGUGUAUCAGAGGACCAGCUCCAUGACAUGCUGAGUGAGGUAGAUGUGAACAAGAAUGCCCAGGUGGACCUUGGGGAGUUCCUACAGAUCAUUGACUUCCUAAAGACUCACCAUUUUGAGCACAAAGAUCACACUUUUCCUGGCAAAAAACACAGACAGGUUGCAGCCGGAUUUUUCAAGAAAAUAAACUAGCAUAAAACAGUUGAUGAACGCUCUGAAGAUUGGAAGUCUUACCAACUCUAGAUUCGCUAAGGCUGCUGAGUUGGCAAGCACAGAGAAAAUAACAGUGGAACGCAGUGGGGGUGGCGUUUAAUAUAACUUUUGUUAUGUGUAUACUUGUUAGAUCUAUUUCUUUUACAGUUCAUUGACUUUUUUUUACAUUAUCAGAAGACUGUUUUACACCAUCUGAUUGUUACGUGUCAAUAUCAUCAACUGUGUAAACAUUUAAUUUUAUUCUGUAUAUGAUGAUAUUACAUUGCUAGGUUUGCUCUAUGAUUGUUGAUUAUUGUGCUUUUCUUAAAUUUAUUCAUUCAAUAAUAUACAUUUAAUUGUGUUUUUUACAGACAAAAGGCAACUGCUAUACUCAAUAUUGUAAAGGAAAUAAUAUGAAGGCAGUGUAUGCUGAAUUUAAAAAGAGUAUGGAUUGUUUAGUGCUGAAUGAUUGUUGUUUUCUCUGUUAAUUAUAGUUAAUUCAAUAAUAGUCCUUAAAAUAAGCUAUGUCAAUUGUUUUGUGUGUUUUUUUUACAGAAAAAAGGGUUAACUGUUAUCUCUAUUUUUGUUUUUGUAUGUAAAUUGUUGUUGUUGUUAUGAAUUUUAAGUGCUAUCCACAUGCAUCACAUUAGUGUAUGAUUUGUUUUGGUUUUACGUAUCACUGUGUGUUCUAUUUUGUUUUCGAACCACAACGUGUCUGUUAAAUAUAAUUUGCUAUGAAGUACAGAAAAUGCUUUUGAAGGAAAUUGAUUUGAAAAAAAAUAUUGAUCAGAUAUGGUUCGAAAAAGUAAAGCUUGGAAAUGAUACAAGAUAUUCUUUAGGACAUAUUCAAAUCAAAUCAUGGUCAUGCUUUCAUACAGGUUUACAAAAUGAAGCAAAGGAGUUGUUUGUUUUUGAUUUGUUUAAAAACAAGUAUUCAUAGAGGGCAUUGAUUUUUGCUUAUUUAAUAUUACACAUAAUGAAGGGAGUAUAUAUUCUUUAAUUGUCUAUGAAAAUGAGAUAUGAUCAGUUGCGUUAAUAGUUUUGUAAUGAAACACACAUCACUAUGCGUAAGAAUGUAAGACAAAUGAAACUUUGAUGCAUGAGCGUUAUAUUAUGUAGAUCAACAUUUAUUAGGUUGAACAGAAAUAUAAAACAAAUAUAAGAAUCUGUAAAUAAAUGAUCAAUUUUUCUUAAAGUUCUCUAUGAGUAUAAGCUAUACAUGUACAUGACAUUAUUAUUAUAUUUUAAAAGUAGCCCUCAGUAUGCUAGAAAAAAAACUUUUCCUUAGCCGCUCUUUAAAUCUAUCCCUGUAGAAAGGAUCAAAACUGUGUCUUAAAGGUACUUGGCAUUUCUUAAAUUCAAAGAUAAUUUUCAUAUAAGGUCUAUAACUUUCACUCUGCAGAUCUUUUUAUAACAAGUUUUGAAUUUUGUGCACGCAAUAUGCAGUGCAAUAGAGAAUAAUUGUUCUCAAUGAAGUGUCUUUGGUGACAAACUCAUUGUAUGGAAUUCCUAAGUUGUUGUUAUGUGUUUUAAGUAACAUUCGCAAUAGACUAGUAUUACUGUAGUCCAUUUCUAUCUGUGAAUUAUUUGUGUUUCCCUGUGUAAUGUGUUAAUGUAUUUUUAUUCAGAUUGUCUCGGUCUUUUCUUUCCCAUAAGUUUCCAUUUUCGGGUAUAUUUAUGAUUAUUUACAUAAUUAUUUGAAUUAUAUACAAUCUCAAGACUUUAACAAGUUCUGAAGCCUUAUUGGCAGAUUUUUCUCCCUUACCAUUGUUCUAAAUCGAGGCCUUGAACUCAUUUUAACAUCAAAUUGGCCCUUUGGUAAGCCAGAUUUAGUCAUUACGUUUAUCAUCAUUGCUUCCAUUGCUUCUUUCUAAAGCACUAUAAUACUCACACAUUUUGUUGCUUAUGACCAUUCCAAAUCCUCCAGUAUCAAUACAACUUUUUUUAAUGUAACCUAAUUUUGUCUAUAAAUACAGUCAGACACUACAUUGUUGUAAACUAGAUAUCACAUUUAGCUCCACUUUUUUUUAUCUAGAUGGCUUUCUACAAAACUUGAAUACUUACUUAGUCGUUUCUUUUAGCCAUUCUCGAAUCAUAUUAACUCGUCAAACCUUAAUCAUGGCAAAAUUUUAACUUUACAUGGGCCGUUUUCAAACUUGAUUUAACACUUUUUUCGAGCACCAAUACUGAUGUCUAUAACACUUGAAUACCUGCCCACUGUCUGUUUAUGACCAUUCCCUAUCCAACCAUAUAAAUAAACAGCUUUUUUACAUUUGCAAGAUUUAAGUUCACAUUUAAAUCGGCAAUUAAUCUUGGUUUUGUACAUUUUGUCUUAAAACAGUAAACUUUUUACAAUCUUAAUAUACUUUCCAGAUUGAUUUUUAUGGCCAUUCCCAAUCCAUGCAUUUCACCGAAUCUAACAAUUACUUAAACAUAAUUGUAACUUGAAAUAUGCCAUUGGAAAACAAUUAACAUUUAAUUGUGUUAUCUGGCACAUUGACUACUUUCUACAAAACUUGUAUACACAAGCCUUUGCUGCUAUUGUCCGUUUUAACUCUUCUCUGAUAAAAUCUACUAUAAUAAAAGUGUCGUUUUUUUACCUAGACCGAAUUUUGAGCAUCUAAGUGGACAAUAAAUUGUCUUAACCUUAGUUUACCAUUUCAUCUUGCACCAAGACUGCACACUACAAAACAUAUAUAAACUGUACCACAGUUGUUACUUAUGGCAACGAAUAACCCAAUCAUUUCUACUUUGUUCUACUUUGACCUUAACAUUGUAGCUAAUAAUAUUAGAACAUGACAAUUUGAUUAUGUUUGUUUUUCAGCAAAACACGGUAUUUACAAUGAAUUAUCAAAAUGUUUUAACAAAUUCCCUUCAUCAUUAAAUACCUCAAUUCAAGAACCUGCUAUCACAUAAAAGUUUACAAUGAACAUACAUUUUCUCAAUAUCUUGUUUGUAAUACUAGUAAAUUUACUUGUAUUAUUAAUAAAAUCACAUGAUA